CAAAACUUUUAGAAUUUGAACGUAUUUCAACAGAAAUCGAAUCGAUUGAAAAAUUAGAAUAUGGUUGCUGUCCUGGGUGGACGAAUAAUUCCAAGAAAAAAAAUAAAUGCACCAAAGCUGUCUGUGAACCGAAAUGCAAAAAUGGGUAUUGCUCCUCACCUGACAUAUGCAAAUGCCACAAAGGUUGGACGAGUACACUAUGUGACAAAGAUAUUAAUGAAUGUCUCCAUACCAACAUCAGUUGUCAACAUCUAUGCACUAACACAAAGGGGUCAUAUAAAUGUGAAUGCCACUAUGGGUUCAAACUCAAUCCCGAUAAAAAGACAUGCCGUUGAAUUGGAUCAAAAAAGAUUCAACAUAUCUAAUAUCAUAGAUGAUGUAAGAACUGCGCUCAUUAAACCCAGUAAAGACCUUGAUUCUAAGAUGAAAAACAUGUUUAUUACCGAUAACCAAGAUUAUUCCGAUUACUAUGAUAUCAAUUUUUUGGAAAACACUCCAAAAUACAACUCAAAAAAUAUAAAUGCUACAAUUUUUCCUAAACGGCGACAUGAUAUGACUAGUGAUCGAAUGUUGAUUAUGGUAGAUUACGAUAAAUUAGCUUACGCUAUGGAUCGGUUAGAGUUUUUGAGCAAACAAUUAGCAAAUGUUGAAGAACAAUUAGGAAUGUGUAAAUGCAUCAACUAA